AUGCCUCCUAAACGAUCCUCUCAGCGUGGCAAAGCGCCCCGUGCUACAAGCUCAGGAGCCGUAGCUAACAACUCCGCGCCUAUCAAGCGCGAGCGUCAAGACGAUGCGCCUCAAAACGAAACUCGGGCUAAACGCGCCCGCAAUGGCUCCAAGCCAGCUCAACGACGUCAAGGAAACAGGGCAGGCCCUGCUUCUGACACACCCCUCAACAAAGCUCCCAAGGCAACCCUCUCUGUUUUCGCAUUCGGGAGCGGUGAUUGCAGUGAGCUAGGACUUGGGAUGAAAAUCUCAUCAGCUACAACCCCGCGUUUCAACCCUUAUCUUGACCCUCAGGAUCCCACCAAGUUCCAUGUAGUUCAGAUUGCAUGUGGCGGAAUGCAUUCAGUCGCCUUGACCAAGGACAACAAAAUCCUCACUUGGGGCGUCAACGAUGAAGGUGCGCUGGGCCGAGACACCCAGUGGGAAGGGGGUGUUCGAGAUGCAGAUGGCGACGACAGCGAUGAUGAAGAGCCUUUAAAUCCCCAUGAGACUACCCCAACAGCGAUUUCAGGAGACUCUUUCCCCCAAGGCACCGAAUUUGUUCAGGUGGCCGCGGGUGACAGUUGCAGUUUUGCACUCACAGACCGCGGACUUGUAUAUGGUUGGGGUUCAUUCCGUGACCCCAACGGAGGUCAAAGAUUUUGCUAUGAUUCAGACGGCAAAGUCAUCAAGAUCCAGCGCACACCAAUCCUCAUCUCCAAACUACAGAAUAUCGUUCAGAUCACCUGUGGCGCGAACCACGUGCUUGCCCUGGGUUCCGACGGCCAGAUCUGGGGUUGGGGCGCUUUCGAAAAGAAUCAACUGGGAACCCGCCCUUUCGGACGCCACCAGGAAACUCUGCUUCCUCGCCAGGUCAGAGUUUGCCGAACUCCUAUCAAAUACAUCGCCUCCGGAGACUACCACUCAUUCGCCAUUGAUCGAAAGGACAACGUGUGGGCAUGGGGCCUCAACAGCUUUGGUGAAGCAGGCUACGCCAAGGAUGCGGGCAGUGACUCUGCCAUUUUGCCUUACCCAAUGAAGAUCCGCGGCCUCACAGGUAAAGGCGUCGUGGCACUCGAUGGAGGUGCGCAUCAUUCAGCCGCCGUUACCCUCGACGGCCAGUGCCUGGUUUGGGGACGCAUGGAUGGCGGCCAGCUCGGAGUUGAGUUCACACCAGAGCAACUCAAUGACCCAACGGUGGUCAGACGCGACGAGCACGAAAAGCCCAGAAUUUGCCUGCAGCCUGUGCCUGUCCCAGUCGUUGGAAAGGGCGUGGACGUUGGAUGCGGAACCGAUCACACCAUCUUCAUCAAUGACGAGGGCAAGGGAUUCUCGACUGGCAUCAACUCAUCAAGGCAACUUGGCCUGGGAACUGAGGACGACGAAGAGAUUGCAAAGCCCUUGAAGGGAAGGACCGUCAAGACGAAGCACCUGACAUGGGCCGGUGCUGGUGGACAAUAUUCUGUUGUGGCAGCCGCUGAAGGUUCUCAGUAA